GGCGCUCUACGUUACCGCGUACGUACGUGCGGCGGCGGUGAGGGUGUGGACGUCCCACGGCGUUCAGUUUACUGGACACAACCUAACGCUGCUAAUAACUUCAGCCCUGUCUAACCGCAUUACACCGCAACAGGCGACUAUACCUGCCGUUGUCUUGAUUGUGUCUCCUCAUUGUCCCAGAUGAGGGACUGAUGCUGGCCAGGACCCUGCUGUCCCAGUUUAGUUCUGCAUCUACUCCCACAGGUGCACCUUUAAUAGGAGAAGAAUACACCAGCCAACAUGGAUGAUAUCUUCACGCAAUGCCGGGAAGGCAAUGCAGUGGCAGUUCGCUUAUGGUUGGACAAUACAGAGAAUGACCUCAAUCAAGGAGAUGACCACGGCUUCAGCCCUCUCCACUGGGCAUGCAGGGAGGGCCGCUCCAGCGUGGUGGACAUGCUCAUCAUGAGAGGGGCUCGCAUUAACGUCAUGAACCGUGGAGACGACACGCCUCUGCACCUGGCCGCCAGCCAUGGGCAUCGCGACAUCGUGGGAAAGCUGAUCCAGUGCAAAGCAGACACUAAUGCAGCCAAUGAACACGGGAACACACCACUGCAUUACGCUUGCUUCUGGGGCCAAGACCAAGUGGCUGAGGACCUCGUGACUAAUGGGGCUCAGGUGAGCAUCUGUAACAAAUAUGGGGAAACUCCCCUGGACAAAGCCAAACCUCAACUGUGUGAAUUCCUCAGAGACAAAGCUGAGAAAAUGGGACAGAACUUGACUAAAAUUCCCUUCAAGGACACGUUCUGGAAAGGCACCACCAGAACUCGACCCCGCAAUGGCACUUUGAACAAACAUGCAGGCAUUGACUACAAACAGCUCUCUUUCCUGGCUAAAAUAAAUGAGAACCAGUCUGGAGAGCUAUGGCAAGGACGCUGGCAAGGAAAUGAAAUUGUUGUUAAGGUGCUAAAAGUUCGUGACUGGACCACAAGGAAAAGCAGAGAUUUCAAUGAGGAAUAUCCCAAACUCAGGAUAUUUUCCCAUCCGAAUGUCCUACCCAUGUUGGGAGCAUGUCAGUCUCCUCCCGCCCCUCACCCCAUCAUCAUCACACACUGGAUGCCUUAUGGCUCCCUCUACAACGUGCUGCAUGAAGGCACCAACUUUGUGGUGGACCAGACACAGGCGGUGAAGUUUGCGCUGGACAUUGCUUGUGGAAUGGCCUUCUUACACACACUUGAACCCAUGAUCCCUCGCCACUAUCUCAACAGCAAGGGUGUUAUGAUAGAUGAAGACAUGACAGCCAGGAUCAGCAUGGCAGACGUCAAGUUCUCCUUCCAGUGUCCUGGCAGGAUGUACUCGCCUGCAUGGGUAGCCCCCGAGGCCCUGCAGAAGAAGCCAGAAGAGAUCAACCGUCGGUCAGCAGACAUGUGGAGCUUUGCUAUCCUGCUGUGGGAGUUGGUGAGCAGAGAAGUACCGUAUGCUGAUCUAUCCAACAUGGAAAUUGGCAUGAAGGUUUCCCUGGAGGGUUUGAGGCCCACUAUCCCCCCCGGCAUUUCGCCCCACAUUUGCAAGCUCAUGAAGAUAUGCAUGAACGAAGACCCAGCAAAGAGGCCUAAAUUUGACAUGAUUGUGCCAAUUCUGGAAAAAAUGCAAGACAAGUGAAAAACCUCCAAUGCCCUCCUGUACUGAACCGUUGAAUUACAAGAUAUCAUACCCCAAAUAUCACUCUGAUAUGGUGGUGUGGUGCUUACCAGUAUUGCCUUAAACUCUUACUCUACCGCUGCAUUCAAUGCCACUGUAGCUUCUGCUUCUGAGAUGAAUUCAGCAACAGUCACUUCUUUUAUAUUGUUUUUUUUUUCUCUCUCUUUUCAAUGUGAUUAUCAAGUUUUUAUUAGUUUCUUCAUCUUUGUCACUGAUCAGGUGAUGCUCUCUGCAGGAGCUUAAUAUUGACUGUUCAUCUUCUAAAUUGUAAUCACUUGGACUGAAUACAAUCUUCUUCAAUCUUCCAGACUGUAUAACCUGUGGAGGUCAGCAUGACAGUCUGCUGCAUUGCUUCAGUGGAUUUAAGGCCUUAUUUUGUAUCUGUAGUUGGCUCACUAUUAAAAAAGUCACCCCGUAAGGAAACUGCUCCUCUUCAAUGGUUCCUGUUAAUAAAACAAAUAACAUAGUAACUCAAAGCUUGUCUUGUGGGGAAAAGUGUGUGUUUGUUUUGUUAGCAACAAACUGUAUGUAGCUGGGCAAGCAUGGCACAUGUCUGAAACCAAGCAUUUAAACAUGUAAGAUUAAGAAAAUGUAUAUGAAUGAGUGGUGACCAUGAGAGUACUUAGCAGUGUUGUACCAUUCAGCUUGGCUGUGUAGUGAUGUGUAGAGCUUAACCUGUCUUGAGCAUUGGUCCCUGAUGUUCUCUGAUUUGUACCCUGUACAACCUGCUGACAAUGAUGUAAAACCGGCCAUAGAAACUUUUUUUUUUGCCGCAGCAAUAAUGUCUGUUGAUCAUUGUAAUUUUGGGAAGAUUACUUUCAAAAUGCAUUGCAAGAUUGAUGGUUUUCUCUUUUUAGUUGUAAUAAUGUAAUUAUCUAAAUUACUCAAAUGUAUUACUGUAAUCUGGUUUAUUCUCAGUUUCCCUUCAAAAUAUUAAGGUAACAGUUUUAUUAUGAUUUGAAUGGUGUUAGCUGUGCUAUUCAGUGAAGAGUGGUCAGUCUCUGUUUCAAGAUGUCUAAAAGUGUUUGCACUUAACUCAAGUGUUAUUUUCAUGUUGAAUACUGACAAUCUAUGUAAUCCAACAUGUAAUGCCUUGUUUUCCUUGUAGUAUCGGGAAUGAAUACUGCAACCCAGACUGUAAUUUAUUCAUGGAUAUCAUAGGUACAGUCAUAAUUAGCUGUUUUGUUGUCGAGCAUGGAGACUGCCUUUCCUCCCAAUUUUAUGGCUACAUCAGAAGCAGCUGCCAGCAGAAGGUGACUGGGACAUUAAGGGGUGGUAUUAACAUUCUACAAACUGUCAUAUUGUAUUCUCACUCAUUUCUAUUAUUUUGGUCAUCUAGAUGACCUCUCACUUUAUAUCAAUCUCAUGGGUUGUUUCUUCUACCUGCAUCGUUUAUGUGCCUCCACCAGCUUGCUUGUUUGUGCUGAAUCACAGGGUGAAGCCAAAAUCAAGAAUGACUUAUGCAAAUGUAUGUAUUUAUAUAUAAGUAUAUUAAAAAGGAAAAAUAUG